AUGGUGGACUACGUCGGUACUAUCGACCGGCUGGUCGCUCGUGCGACCGACGUGAGUGACACCUCAAGCUCUGCGUCCGCUUUCUUGACCACCCUGGUUCCGUCCUUGAUCUCGUUCGCCGUCAUGGUCUUCCUGUUCAUUCUAUUGCGUAAGAGGGAGCACCGCAUGUACAUGCCCCGCACAUACAUCGGCUACCUGAAGGACUGGCAGCGCACCCCCGAUACCCCGACCGGCUUUUGGAACUGGGUCAAUUCCAUGUACCAGCUGCCCGAUACCUACGUCCUGCAGCACCACUCCAUGGAUGCUUACCUCCUGUUGCGCUUCCUGAAGACCAUCUCUUUGAUCAUGCUUGUCGGCUGUAUUAUCAUCUGGCCCAUUCUCUUCCCCGUCAAUGCCACUGGCGGUGGUACUCAGACUCAAUUGGAUCUGCUGAGCAUGUCCAACGUGUCCAGUGAUCAGUAUGGUCGUUACUACGCCCACUGCUUCCUCGCGUGGAUCUACGUUGGAUUCAUUUUCGUCAUGAUCACCCGUGAGCACAUCUACUUCAUCAACCUGCGCCAGGCCUACUUGUUUUCUCCCGCCUACGCCAGCCGUAUCUCUUCCCGCACCGUGCUUUUCUCUGCGGUGACUGAGGAUUACCUCAACAAGGACAAGAUUCGUGGUAUCUGGGGCGAAUCCAAGGUCAAGAAUGUCUGGCUUGCAACCGAUACCAGUGAGCUCGAGGACAAGGUUAAGGAGCGUGAUGAUGCUGCCAUGAAGCUCGAGGGUGCCGAAACCAAGCUCAUUAUGCUCGCCAACAAGGCCCGUGCUAAGGCCCUGAAGAAGCAGGGUAUCCCUGAGGAUGGUAACGCUGAAGAGGAGAUCGGACAGUUUGAUGAUGAGUCUGGCUCCGUCGCUGCGCGCUGGGUUGAGGCCAAGAACCGCCCUACCCACCGCCUGAAGUUGCUCAUUGGCAAGAAGGUUGACACUAUCAACUGGUGCCGAUCCGAAAUUGAGCGUCUGUCCCCCGAGAUUGAGGAGUUGCAGGCCAAGCACCGUGCUGGUGAUGCUAAGCUCGUCACUUCUGUGUUUGUCGAGUUCUACCACCAGUCUGAUGCCCAGGGUGCCUACCAGUCUGUCACUCACAACCUUCCUUUGCAUAUGUCGCCCCGCUACAUUGGCCUGGACCCCACUCAGCUGAUCUGGAGUAACCUCCGCAUCAAGUGGUGGGAGCGUCUCGUUCGCCACAGCGCCACCGUUGCCUUUGUCUGCGCGUUGAUUAUCUUCUGGGCUAUCCCCACUGCCGUUGUUGGUUGUAUCUCCAACAUUAACUUCCUGGUUGCCAAGGUUCCUUUCCUGUCCUUCAUCAACGAUGUCCCCAGCUGGAUCAAGGGUGUGAUCACUGGUCUCCUGCCCUCUAUCAUGAUGGCCGUUCUCAUGGCCCUGGUUCCGAUCAUCAUGCGCAUCAUGGCCAAGAUUGGCGGUGACCCCAGCCAGGCGGCUGUUGAGCUGACCACCCAGAACUACUACUUCGCCUUCCAGGUCGUUCAGGUCUUCCUGGUGGUUACUCUGUCUUCUGCCGCUACCAGUGUGAUCACCUCCAUCAUCGAUGACCCCUCAUCUGCGGCCACUUUGCUUGCUAGCAACAUUCCCCGCGCCUCGAACUUCUACAUCUCCUACAUUGUUCUGCAGGGUCUGUCUUUCAGCGCUGGUGCUCUCUUGCAGAUCAGUGGUCUGAUUGUUGGCAAGAUCCUGGGUAAACUCUUCGACAAGACUCCUCGCAAGAUGUACAAGCGUUGGUCCAACCUUUCUGGUCUCACCUGGGGAACUGUUUACCCCGUGUUCACUAUGCUCACCACCAUUGGUAUCAUCUACUCUUGCAUUGCCCCAUUGGUUAUGGGUUUCUCGUGCAUCGGUCUGUACCUGUUCUACUUCGCCUACCGGUACAACGUGCUCUACGUGUCGAACGCCACCAUCGAUACCCAGGGCAAGGCCUACACUCGCGCUCUGCAGCACCUCACUGUUGGUUGCUACAUCCUGAUUGUGUGCUUGAUCGGUCUGUUCGCUAUUGCCAGUGGCUCUAACCAGAUGGCCGUCGGUCCCCUGAUCCUCAUGAUCAUUUUCCUGGUCUUCACCAUCCUGUACCACAUGGCUAUGAACAGCGCCAUGGAGCCGCUCAUUCACUACCUCCCCAAGAAUCUCGAGGCUGAGGAGGAGGCUCUUCUGGCCUUUGACCGCAAGGAGCUAGGCUCAGUUGACGAGACUAACGGUGCUCAUGCUCCUCUGGUCGAGAAGGAUCACAACGGUGUUUCCAAUGUCGACAGCGGCGUUGGCAAUGUUGACUCCGCUGAGAAGGGUCUUAACGGUGACUCCACCGCCGCUCCCCCCAAGGCCAACUUCUUGGUGCGCUGGGCCCGUCCCGACAUCUACCACAACUAUGCUGCUCUGCGUCGUCUGGUGCCCAACCCUCUGGAUAUCCAGUCCUACCCCGAGGAUGCUGAGCGCGAUGCUUACUUGCACCCCGCCGUCACUGCCCAGCCCCCUCUGCUCUGGAUUCCCCGUGAUUCCCUGGGAAUCAGUAAGCAGGAGGUUGCGCACACCAGUCGUGUCAUCGCUAUCACCGAUGAGGACUCCUGGCUUGACGAGAAGAACAAGAUCAACUGGAACGUGGAGAAGGGCCAGCCCCCGAUCUACGAGGAGAAGAUCUCCAUCUAA